GCAUCUCCCGAUCCGAUCUCCUCCCUCCCUCCACGACCUCCCAUCCCCACCCGACCAAUCCAGUCCAGCAUGCCGAUGACGACCCAGGUGAAGACGGCGUCGACGUGCCUCCCACCGGAGACGGUGCAGGGCACGCACGUGUUCGACAUCCGCUCGGGCGUCUUCGACGUCGCCGGCUACAGCUGGGUCCUCUUCGUCUACCCCGAUGGCUACGGCGCCGAGGCCGCCGCCGGCCUCGACUUCGUCUCCGCCUACCUCCGCCUCCUCAGCACCGGCUGUGGCAAGGUGCGCGCCUCCUGCGACCUCCGCCUCGUCAACCCCGCCACGGGCGCCGCGGUAUCCGUGCACCCCUCGCUCGUCGCCGUGCGCGAGCUCGACCCCGACGCCGACGGCGGCGCCAGGGUCUGCCACUGCAUGUGCAUCGGCCGCGGCGAGCUCGAGGGCCCCUACCUCCGCGACGACCGCCUCACCAUCGAGUGCGUGGUCACCGUCCGGAAGGAGCCCCGGGUGAGCCGGACCCGGGCACUCCCCAGCAUCCGGGUGCCGGGCUCCAACCUCAAGCGCCAGCUCGCCGGCCUGCUGGAGAGCGGGGACGGCGCCGACGUCGCGUUCGCCGUCGCCGGCGAGACGUUCGCCGCGCACCGCCUCGUGCUCGCCCUGCGCUCGCCGGUCUUCAAGGCGGAGCUCUGCGGCCCCAUGCGGGAGCUCGGCGGGGCAGCGCAGCCCAUCGCCGUCGAGGACAUGCAGCCGGAGGUGUUCCGGGCCAUGCUCCACUUCAUCUACACCGACUCCAUGGAUCGCAGCGACGACGACCUCGGGAGGGACUACCACGGCAGGAACUGCGACAUGGUCCGGCACCUGCUGGUGGCGGCGGACAGGUACGCCAUUGAGAGGCUCAAGCUGACCUGCCAGAGCAUCCUCUGCCGCAACCUGGACGUCAAGAACGUGGCGACGACGCUUGCCUUGGCCGAUCAGCAUCACUGCGACAGGCUGAAGCAGGCGUGCGUCGAGUUCAUGUGCUUUGCGAAUAACAUGGAAGCGGUUGUGGACACGCAAGGGUACAAGGAUCUCGCCGCAACUUCGCCUUCUGUCUUGGCGGAAGCGAUGGUGAGGAUGAGCAAGGUCGGCAAAAAGUUAACCAAAAAAGCACUGGGAGAUGCGCCACCUAAAUCCUAAUAAGAGUGCCUAGCUAGAGUUUAGAUAGAUGACUUAAUUUAGUGCUAGUAAGCUUUAUCUAUCAUUUUUUGGUUUAGUAUUAAGAGUUCGUAACAAGAUGUGACUCAACCCGGCCUGAUAAUAAAUCAGUUGUUUCUGUUUUAAAUUUUAGUCA